AUGGUAUUACACGGAAUAUGGGAACUGAUUCAUCGGCCAAACGCGCGCGCAUACGCAAGUCUCGCAGCCGCGGCCUACGAACAAGGAAUGGAUGGUAACUACAGCAUAACUUGCCGGAGACGUCACGUCAAAUGUGAUGAAUUGAAGCCGGCUUGCAGCCUUUGCGUCAAGCAUGACAGACCGUGUGAUUAUACGACGCCGGAACGUCGUAGUUUCGAAGCCUCAGAUGUCACAACCAAUGAAUCCCUUUCGUCUUCAGUGGAAAAUAUACCUCAGCGUCGCCAUAUAUCCCAAGAGAGAACGCAAAAUGAUACUUCAAGAGAGCAUUCUGGGGAGGGCUUAGCAUGGACCACCACAGCGGCAACCCCUCUCCCGCCUCUAGCAGCACCACUCGACCCUCUUGCGGGUAUUGACUUUACGGCGCCGCAGAGUCCUAUAACACUAUGUACAGACACGCUCUCACCGUCGGAUGCAUCUUAUAUAUUACAAUCUGUUGCUGCUGGAUCGUUCUCAUCACCGGGGCGAGCUGUCAACGCUGCAGCAGUAUGGUGGUUUGAUCUGCUAGCGAAUGACGCAGCCAGAGAUAAUCAACAGUCGUCUACAAUACCAAUCGGAUAUUUAGAUGAAAAUGUUUCAUUUGGCCGAGCAGAAGCGGGUGAACCAUCGGAACUUACAUCACUACAACGUGCUACGCAGGUACUUGAUGGUCCCCGCGAUGUGGGUAAUGGGCCCAUAGACAUCUCUCCUCAGAUCAGCGUUAUUGGAGAAGAUUCACAUAUUUGGCAGUCUCGAAGUCCUAUUGAGCUGUUGCCACGUGAGCACUUUCUGUUUGAACACUUUGUGCAACAUGUCAGUCAAUGGGUUGAUCUCUUUGACCCAACUAGUCAAUUCUCGACCCUUGUUGCACACUUGGCGAUUCGUAACGCUGGGCUUCUGAACGCCAUCCUCUCCCUAGCCUGUCGGCACCUAUCACUUAAUCCACGAUUGGAUGCAGGGGAUGUUCCUAAUCAAGAAGCAGCUAUACAAUACUAUUACCAGACUCUCCAUUAUGUGCAAAGAGCAAUGCAGCAAUCUAGCUAUAUGACAAGUCUAGAGCUCCUAGCAACCACCCUCAUCAUUUCCGCAUAUGAGAUGCUGGAUAAUUCCUCCAAUGAUUGGGAAAGGCACCUGAAAGGGGUGUUUCUCAUUCAAAGAUCGCAAGUUAUCCACGGCGAGUCUGGAGGAUUGCAAGCCGCAGUUUGGUGGGCAUGGCUCUGCCAGGACGUCUGGGCAGCUUUCCGAGAAAAGCGCAAGACUCUCACUUUCUGGACGCCUCAAAAGCCACUCUCCGCAUUGUCGCCCCAUGAAUUAGCCUCUCGUGCUAUAUAUAUCAUGGCCAAGGUAGUCGAUUACUGUGCCAAGGAUGGGCUUCCAACUGAGGAAAGUAUCAAGCACCGGUCGGACAAGGCGAAACGCCUUCAGACUAUGGUAGAUGACUGGCGUAACAAUUUGACCUUGGAGUUCUCACCACUGCCCUCGGCCCGUCGUGAGACUGCCACAUAUUUCGAUCCAGUUUGGAUCCGCCCACCGCCAUUCGCGGUAGCUAUGCAGUUUUACUGUGCAGCGCGCAUUCUGUUACUUGCUCAUGAGCCAACCACUGGAGGCUUCAAUCAAUACAUGAAACGACAUAGUACCAUCCGGCGCUGCGUGGAUACCAUUUGUGGUAUUGCUAUGACCCUCAAAGAUGAUGCAUCUAGCUUCAUGUCAUCACAGGCAAUCUUCAUCGCUGGUAUGUUCACAGACGACACUAGAGCCCGAGAAGCCGUUUUAGACCUUUUGGAUUUAUGUAGACAGCGAGCUGGUUGGCCAGUCCAUCCACUAGGAGACGAGUUAAAGCAGAUUUGGGAUCCACACGAGCCUACCAAGACAUACGGCUCUUGA